ACUGUCGGAGGAAGAAAAUCACUGGGUUGGAGGAUGGGAGGUGUCUCCCAAAAGAGGAGGAGAAAAGGCGGUGAAAAAACAGAGGGCAGCAGAGAAAAUGGAAAGAAAGCUUUCCAUACAGACACAUGUGGUCAGGAAUGUUUCUCUCCCGGCUUCACAAAACGUUCAGAUGACUUUCCCCAGCCAAACCCUGGAAAAAUGUGGAAACUGCUCUCAGCACCAGUGGAAGCCGGAUAGAUCUGCCUGGAAGCAGAUGGCUGCAACAGUCAAUCCUGAGCCAGCAGAUUCGGCUCAUCCCUCCACGCUCAGCUGCUUCCAGUCGGUAAAGAUGUAGUCAGCUCUGUCUCCAUGGAGAUGUCUCCAAACACAGCAUGCUCUGCCUUGUUGCCAUGGUCACUGUGUUUGAUGUUCGUGCUGACCUCCCGCUGUCAGAGGAUGGUUUCUGCCCCGUUGUACGGUGCUCCUGAGCAGGAUAACACCACACUGCUGUUCGACAGCGGAUCCAGCCUCCGGAACUGCAGCUGCUCGGCUACCAUCCAGAGCUGUGACGUGGCCCUGGCCAACUCUUGCUGCCGAUGCCACACCGUUCCACGGUCGGCUCUUCCCCGCUCCAGCCUCAGGCAGCCAGGAGGUGUGACUGUGUGGGUGAGGGACCUCUGGGUGUUGGAGGAGCUGCUGAACAGCAGCAUGGUUUUUCAUCUGCAGUUAUCCUUCUGUGGAAUGAAGCCCCUGCAGAGCCAGCAGCUUGUUCUGCUUGGUCUACAGACCCUCAGAGUUCACAGCGACGUUCCAGGAGCUCCUUAUCCCAACCAGGAAAUCAGAGUUUCAGCCUCAGCAGGCACUGCAGUGGAGCUGGACUCCUCCCCUUCCCUCCACAUGACUUUUGUUGAUGUCGAAGUGCUGAACGGACUCUCAGCUCUGAAGGCAUACAGCGUUAUCGGACCACCUCUCCAUACUUUCUCCCAGUUCUUCCCACACUUGGUUUUCCCAUUAACUCAGACAUCUUCUGAUGCCUCUGAUGAUCCACUGGAGUCCAAGGAAAACACUUCAGUACCUUUACAGAAGACAUUAAUCACAUUUGUAUACUAACGUUCUCAUCAACAGACCGACUCAAGGGCAGUUCACGCUGCUGCAGCUGCAGUUAGAGUUGCAGAGAGAUGUUAUACAUGGGAAUUAGUUUGAAAGGAAGAUGGUGUACACAAGUGGUUGGAAUAUUUUAUAUUCACUGUCAUUUUAGUAGAAAUCUGCUUUAAAGGGCAUUUUAAAGACAUUUUUUUUUCUAAUUAAUCAUUAGACUUUUAUUUUUUUACAUGCAUUCAUCCUUUUUCAGAGAGGAAUAACUGAAAUUCUUCCUCUAGUAAUAUCAGUUUGGAAAUAUUCUCCAUGGGUUGCAGGUUUUUAUUUAUCUUUCAUAAUUUUAUUUGUCAUUUUUAAACCAAAGCUCAACUGAAAUGCUUAAACUGCUUUCCUCUGCUAAUAGCCAGUGCUUUGCAUAUGUGAAUUCUAUGGUACGACAUAAAAAAGCUCGAGCAUUUACAUGCAUCCCAUCUUGAGUUUGCCUAAGAUGUCUGAAAGACAGCUUAACAGAAGUCUAAAUCAUGUUGUAAUGUAGAGGAGUACACUGGUUUUUAAAUCUUUCCCAGUGCUUCCUGGUCAUCUUUGCUCCCAUUGCUGUGUGUAAUCAUGUUUCACUCUUCUCCCUCAUGCAUCUGUUUGGCCUCUGUUUAUCCGUUUACGAGUUAGGGGUUUAUUUGCUGUCUUUUGUCAUGCACUACCAAGUUUUCUGUGUUUUAGGUUUAUUGGUUUAUGCCUCGCCUGCUGACCACUGCAUAUAGACACCAGGGAUUAGGUGGGGAUGGAUGGAUGGAUGGAUGGAUCCCAGCGUUAUCAUUUUGCUUGGUUUCUUAAAACGGACUCAGUUCAGUUCCUCUUUGCAAUCUGCUUCUUGAUAAUUCAGCUCUAGAUGUGCUGUCUUUAGUUUGUUCUUGACACAUUGUGUUUUCAGUUUCUAAUUUUGGAUCUUUGUUUCUGGAUUUUCUGUUUUUGCAGUAUCUUAUAUUUUUCUUACCAUUUAAUAAAGUUGGUUUCCUU